GUAUCAACCAUUUUGUUUUCUGGGAGGGAAAUUACGCUGUUUUUUAAAACCACUCGCCAUCUUGCCUGGUAAGAAAAAUGGACAAAGCAGAAGACCUCCUACUUCUUGAUGUGAUUGAGAUGGAUGAUGAGGAGAGUUAUCGUGAUUUAAUCGGAGUAGAAGACGGGAUGGAGAGCGAUCUGAUAGAGACGGAGGACGGGACAGAGAGCGAGAUGGUAGAGGAAGAUAGUGACGUGACCCAGGAAUCACGAGAUGACAUCAGUGAAUCUUUGGAUGUGUAUGUGGAUGAUACGCAGAACGACCUAGAUGCAGAUAUCAAGGACAGCAAGAAAACUGUUAGUAGUAGCAGUGAUAGCAAUAAGUCCAGCCACAAAGAUGAGAAGUCCAAGCAGAAGUCCAGCGGUUCCAGUGGGCAAAAGUCCAGCAGCUCUAGUGCGCAAAAGUCCAGCAGUACAAGCAAGGACAAAUCUGGAAGCUUCAGUAGACAAAAUUCUGAUGGACAAAAAUCCAGGGAGAGAAUAAGCAGCACCAACAGAAUAAAAUCCGAAAUCACUAGUAUUCACAAAGCUAGCAGCAGCAGACGAAAAUGUGGAAGUGAUGACCAAAAGGCUGAAGGUAGCAGUAAGCAGAGAUCCAGAGUACUUGGGCAGAAAAUAAAUGGUAGCAAAAUACAGAAGUCCAGUGGUAGUGGGCAGAAACCAAGCAGUAGUGGGCAGAAGUCAAGUAGUAGUAGGCAGAAGUCAAGCAGUAGUGAGCAGAAGUCAAACAGUAGUGGGCAGAAGUCAAGCAGUAGUGACAGUAGACAGAAAUCUAGCAGUGGUAGCAGUAUGCAAAAGUCUGGAAGUAGUAACAAAUCAGGAACUGGCAGUACACAGAAAGGUAGCAGUAGUGGACAGGCAUCUAGCAGUGUAAGCAGCAGGCAGAAAUCUAGCAGUGGGCAGAAGUCUAGCAGUGGGCAGAAGUCUAACAGUGGGCAGAAAUCUAACAGUGGGCAGAAGACUAGCAGUGGGCAGAAGUCUAACAGUGGGCAGAAGCAAAGUAGCAGUCAUCAAAAGGAGGAGAAAGACGGGAAGACAGACAACCAAGUUUCCAGUAAAAGUUCCACAUCGAAGGAUUCAAAAAAGGCUGUUCCGGCUCCUUCAUGUAAUCUAUGGGUCAGUGGAAUUGCUUCAUCUACGAGGGCCAAUGAUCUAAAAGCGCUGUUCAGCAAACAUGUUAAGGUUGUGGCAGCUAAAAUAAUGACCAAUGCCAAAAGUCCAGACAGCAGCUGUUUUGGUUACAUUAUUCUAUCAUCUAUUGGGGACGCCAAGACCUGUAUCCAGAGUCUGCACAAGACAGAACUGAAUGGCAGCACGAUCAGUGUAACGUUUGAUAAGCCAAAGCCAGAAUCAGCCCCAGCUGAUAAAAGUGUAGAAUCCAAGUCACCAAGCAAGAAAGAACCUGCUGACAAAUCCAAAGAAACUUCUGGUAAGUCUGUACCAAAGCCAACCAGCAGUAAGACUAAACUAAGCAAACCAGGUUCUGUAGCAAAGUCAAAGGUCAGUGAUGUCAAAGGUCAGACCAAGCCAGCUAAGAAGGGCAGCAGUGAAGUAGACAAAAAGUCAAGUGAGACUGAGAAAUCCAAAACAACAAACAAAUCGAAGGACACCAAGAGUAAAGCAUCGGAGGGGAAAAAGAUGAUUUCCACAGAGAAAAAAUCAACUGGAGAAAAGAAAAAUGAUGUUAAACGUUCUAACAUCAUCUCUCUUAAAAGCAAAGGUAAUGAAAAGAAAUACAAGUCCUUAAAGGACAAAAGUCUGACCAAUGAUAAAGGCGAGAAGCCUCGGCGAAUUAUCCACCUGAACAGACCGGAGACGAACAGACGUGGGUGGCAGUCGGGCUGGAUGAGGAAUCACAGAAUCGGCUACUUUAAAUCCCGCAAUGUCAUGUCCUACUCCUCCGAUCAGCAACGCAGAAUGUCACCUUUCCGUACCCAUAAUGUGGUGGACAAAAGUCGACGUCUGAAAGAUCUUCACAUCAAACAAAGAGAGGAGGCUUACAAAUUAGAGCAAGAGCGGGAGCAGAUCAGACGAGCGACAGAGGAGAUGGAGUGGAGGAAGCAGCAGGAACAGAUUCGUCUGGAGCAGCUGGAUCUGGAGCGACGCGAGCGAGAGUGGGAGGAACAGAGGCUGUUGGAACAGAUCAGACUAGAGGAAGAGGAAAGACUGAGGUUUGAGGAAGAACAGAGGAUUGCAGAGUUUGAGGAGGAACAGCGACGUCUGGCCGAGGAAGAAAUCAGGAUCAGGGAGGCCGAGAGGAUGCAGUUUAUGGAACCAGUAUUCAAUGAUCAAGACAGAUUUGUGGAGAAUAGAUGGUCACCUCAUGGUGGGGACAGAUUCAGGGGCCCAGGGGAUUCCCCUGAUGACAGAUCUAGAGGUCACCAUGGAGAUGACCUGAGGGGUUACAGGUCACACCAUGAUGAGAGAAGGCAUCGAGACAGAAGAAGUGCUGAAAAGUAUGAGGCAAAGAGGAAAGAAGAAAGGGAACGAGAAAAACAAAGGAAAGAAAAAGAGCGUCAUGAAAGAGAACGAAGGGAGAGAGAGAAAAGAGAGAAAGAACGACAAGAACAGCUGGAAAGAGAAAGACAGGAGAGAGAACAGCGGGAGCGAGAACGUCGGGAACAGGAAGAGCGGGAGAGGGAGAGACUAGAGCAAGAGAGACGGGAGAGGGAGCGUCUGGAGCAGGAAAGACGAGAGAGGGAGAGACUAGAACAGGAAAUGAAGGAACGAGAACGACGCGACAGAGAGAGGCUAGAGAAAGAACGACAGGAACGACUGAGACUGGAGAAGGAAAAGGAGGCCCAGGAGAAAGAGAAACUAGAGCUCGCAGAACGCGUCAAACAGCUGGAGAGAGAGAACGAAGAAAUACGACAUAAAGAAAACAAGAUCAAGGAAGAACUGAGACUUGAAAAGGAGGAACAUGAGAGGAUAAAGAGGGAUUCAUUAAAAAGAUCUUAUGAGCCUCGAGGUCACCGUGAUGAUUAUCCAGCCCCCGUGAAGCGACAGCCUGAUAAUAGAUACAGCUCCCAUGUGGGUAAAACUUACAACAACUACCAGGCUCCUGACCCCCAGAGACGAAGCUAUGAGCACUCGGAGGACCACCGAGAGGUUUAUCUGGAGCGCAGGGAUGUCCCCUACAACAAAGACCAGGGGGACUAUGAUGAAAGGGAGAGGUACAAUAAGUUUGUAGGAGAAAGGACCGUCACAGUGUACCGUAAAUUUGACGAUCAAUACGACCACGGCAGAAAUACUGACACUGCAGCGGCUGAUGGAUAUGACCACACUAAACGUAACUAUAAUAGAGGCUCUACGGGAGGAUAUGACCGCACUAAAAAUGACUACAACAGAAAUAGUGGUACAGCAGCUUCUGGUGGGUACGACCGUACUAAGAAUGACUAUAACAGGGACUAUGAUAGACAGUACAAUCUCCCUAAUAACACUGAUCGUAACAGAGACGCCAGAGCAUCACAGUCCUCUAAAAGCCAUGCCAGCUACGAUCGACCAAGGAGUGACAGCAGAAAUGAGGCUAGAGGUUCAAGUUAUGGAAAAGGUCAUGGGUCAAGUGGCAGUCACAGCUAUGGAAAAGGGUUUGAUUCUAGUGGCAGUCAGGGUUAUGGGAAAGGUUAUGAUUCUGACCACAGUCACAACAGGAAUAAAAGUGAUGUGAAAAAGGAGUAUAGUGAUUACAAAUCCUCAAAUAAAAGACAAACAUAUAAAGCUCAUGAGGACUCUGACAAAAACAAGGGCAGCACUGACAGAAAAACUGUUCCUAAAGGUCGGUCUACUGAUGACUUGUGGAGGAAUGCUGGGUACGGAAAGACAGAAGACCGAGAUGGCAACAGUUAUGGUGGAUCAUCGAGCAACAAAGGGGCAGCAGAUAACUACCCAGGCAGCAAUACACAGUCAACAUGGUCCCAGAGGGGACGCAACUCCUCAACAGCACCAAACCCCAGAACAGGUGGUGAUUAUCAACACAAUCAAAAUGCACCUGCCAUAAAAACUGAGAAAGGCCCAUCAGUGUGGGGGAGUGGAGCGGGCUACACAGGACAGAGCAGUUCACUGCCACAGACCAGAAUGACUGCAUCAUUUGGCAGCAAUGACCGGAUGAACUCGGGUAAUAUCCAGGACUUGCCAGUACAACAACAGACGGUGAUGUUCCAGGAUAGCCGGCUGGGCAAUCCUCCAUCGAGUGUACCUUACCCAAUGAUGACGAUACCCCACAGGAAUUCUGGACCCAACAUGAUGCCACCCCCUAAUGCUGCCAUUAUCCCCCAACCCCAGCCCUCACUGGGCAUCAUCCGCCCCCAGGAUCAGAGCGUUCAGCCUGGAUUUGUUAACGUGACUUAUAAGUAUUACACACCAGGCAGGCCAUACUAAAUAAUGGUGUAUUAAGGAUACUGUGUUUUAGCAGAUGUUGUGAUUGUUUUGUCUUAAUUUCUUGAUUUUACGUUUUAUGAAAAGAAUGGAGUGAUGGACAAGAAUUUCUACUUAAAACUCCUGAUACCUACGUAUAUAUCAUGAUAAAAUUAACAGCUAAUUAUAAAGAAGAUUUAGCUGAACACAAAUAAAAAUCUAAAAUUUAAGAA